ACAGCUUCUGCGGCCACAUUUGCCGAGAACCGUGAGUUCAUUCGUUGUGCCAAAGCUGGUAACGCAGCCCUCGAAGGCCUCACAUCCCAACAGUUGAUUGAUUUGACCCAAAAAAAUCUGGUGACCGCCACAGCUAUGGUCAACAAGAGAUCCAAUGCCGCCCGA